AUGUUCUCUACAGCGCGUUCUGACACCCUGUUUUUGGGCGGAGAAAAGCUCAGUGGCGAUGACGUGCGUAACCAAAACGUGUUGGCAACCCAGGCCGUUGCCAAUGUGGUGAAAUCGUCCCUGGGUCCAGUGGGACUUGACAAAAUGCUCGUCGACGAUAUUGGUGAUGUCACGGUUACCAACGACGGCGCGACCAUCUUGUCCCUUUUGGACGUGCAGCAUCCGGCUGGAAAGAUUCUGGUGGAGCUGGCUUAUCAACAGGAUCGUGAAGUCGGUGACGGAACCACUUCUGUUGUGAUCAUUGCCUCCGAACUCUUGAAGAGAGCCAACGAGUUGGUGAAAAAUAAGAUCCACCCAACAACCGUGAUCACUGGAUACCGUUUGGCGUUGAAGGAGUCUACCAGAUUCAUCAACGAGGUGCUUUCGCAACCCGUUGACGCGCUCGGAAAGGAAACCCUUGUGAAUAUUGCAAAGACGUCCAUGUCUUCCAAGAUCAUUGGACCUGACUCGGACUUUUUCAGUCAGAUGGUGGUUGAUGCCAUCCUGGCUGUCAAGACCACCAACGGCAAGGGCGAGACCAAAUACCCUGUCAAGGCCGUCAACAUUUUGAAGGCCCAUGGAAAGUCCGCCACCGAGUCCGUGCUAGUGAACGGCUAUGCUUUGAACUGCACUGUCGGAUCGCAGGCAAUGCUCAAACGCGUCACAGGUGCACGUAUUGCUGUUUUGGACUUGAACCUCCAAAAAGCCAGAAUGGCAAUGGGUGUGCAGAUUAACAUUGACGAUCCUGAACAGCUCGAAGAGAUCCGCAAAAGAGAAUACGGAAUUGUGCUGGAACGCGUUCGCAAAAUCAUAGACGCUGGAGCCAACGUGGUGCUCACCACCAAGGGUAUUGACGAUCUUUGUUUGAAGGAGUUUGUGGAAGCCAAGGUGAUGGCUGUGAGACGGUGCAAGAAGGAGGACCUGAGAAGAAUUGCACGCGCUACUGGAGCUACUUUGGUGAGCAGCAUGUCCAACCUGGAAGGAGACGAGGUGUUUGAGAGCAGCUACUUGGGAAAUGCCGAGGAAGUUGUUCAGGAGCGGUUCAGUGACGACGAGUGUAUUUUGGUCAAGGGCACCAAGACCCACUCGUCGUCGUCGAUUGUGCUGAGAGGACCUAACGACUACUCGUUGGACGAAAUGGAGCGGUCUUUGCACGACUCGCUGUCUGUGGUGAAGCGGACGUUGGAGAGCGGCCACGUUGUUCCUGGUGGAGGAGCUGUCGAGUGUGCUUUGAACAUAUUUUUGGAGAACUUCGCCACCACGGUGGGUUCGCGGGAGCAACUCGCGAUUGCUGAGUUUGCCUCUGCUCUGCUGGUGAUUCCAAAGACCUUGGCCGUGAACGCAGCCAAGGACGCCUCGGACCUGAUUGCCAAACUGCGCUCGUACCACGCUGCUUCUCAGCAGGCCUCACACAUCGACACCAAGCGCAAGAACUACAAGAACUAUGGUCUGGACCUUGUGCGGGGCAAGGUGGUGAACUCGGUGAGCCACGGAGUCUUGGAGCCAAGAAUCUCCAAGAUCAAGUCUCUCAAGUCUGCUCUCGAGGCCUGCAUUGCCAUUUUGCGUAUAGAUACCAUGAUCAACGUGGACCCGGACCCUCCAAAGGAGACUCACGACCACUAA